CUGUUGCGUACCCGGAAGCAGUCAAUAUCGCGAAGCUAAAUGGUAGUUUGUGUAACGGUACUUAACUGAAAAAGUCAUAAUGAAAUAACUAAUCUGCGGUGCAAGUGUGCAUUGCAGGAGUGGAAAUGCAUGGAAGUACUGUCCGUUGCCACACCUCCCCAUGCUGAGACACUGUUUCUCGUUGUCCUCUUCUUCGAGAAGGAAACAAGAGAACACCGCUGAACUUGGAGGAAGUUUUAUCUGCUGCAAAAUGAAAGAUAUGUCGUUAGCUCAAACCUCCUCCCCUCUACAAUACAGACUUCCUGGACGCACGAAACUUGCAGACUCUGUCCAAAGGAAGAAGGUGUUGAAUUACACUCAUCAUUUAAUUCACAGCAUGUUUAAGACUGUAUUUGCUUCUCUGCCAUGGCGACUGUAAGGAGGGGAGUUCAUAGAGCACAAAGUGGAUUAUCUUGAGAAGUUGCUGUGUAACCUAGAAGAGAAGUCGCUGUGAUUUGACCUGGAUUUUCUCAAUCGGUGCUAAAAUAGCUAGCCAGCUAGCUAAUUUAAUCGGACAAAUCCCUCUCUGUCUCUCUCCACACCUAUUUUUUGUGGUACCUUCCCGUUUCGCGGUAGCAUAAUGCAGUGUCGACUUGCAAAUAUUUAAAUUCAGCAGGAACGAGGAAAAGCUGUCGCGCCCUGUUUGCUGAAACGAUAUUCGAGUUUUCCUGCGGUUACUUGCACUGUUAGUUUUAUCUGACUUAGUGAAGUAGCCCACUAGUUUUCAAUCGUUCUGUUUUAGUCAAAUACGCUUCCAGUUUGGAAAUGAACAAGCUUGUGUUCAUUCACACUGUUGCUGUAAUUUCUAUGAAAGUGGAAUAUUCGGAGCUGGCCUUUACGACAAGUCUAUGAAGUGAAGAAGGGAAAAGUGGGACACUAUGGCACUAUUUGGGCGACGGAACCGGUCAAAGUUGAUACUUUGUAUUCUUGCCGCUUUUCUUGUCGGCUACUUAAUCUUUCACAGAAACAAUGCAAAAGAAGUCGGAGUGGCGAGUAGACGAAGAGUGCCAACUGUUGGAUAUCCAGAGGACAAUGAACUGUUAAAAAGACCGGUUUAUGAAAAACCACCGUUGGAUAUGAGUGCUCUGGGUGAGAUGGGAAGAGCUGUAAAACUCAACUUGAACGGGGACGAGAAAAGAAAAGAAGAGGAAAGCAUAGCGAAGCAUCAAAUUAAUACCUAUGUGAGCGAUAAGAUAUCCCUUCACCGCAGGUUAUCUGAAAGAUGGAAUCCACUCUGCCGAGACCUGAAGUACAGCUACGCGAGCCUCCCGUCUACUUCGGUGGUGAUCGCCUUCUACAACGAGGCGUGGUCCACACUGCUGCGGACCGUUCACAGCGUCCUGGAGACCUCGCCCGACGUCCUGCUCCGGGAGGUCAUCCUCGUCGACGACUACAGCGACAGAGAUCACCUGAAGCAGCGGCUGGAGGACUACGUCUCGGGCCUGCGGAAGGUGCGCCUGAUCCGUGCGCGCAAGCGGGAGGGCCUGGUGCGCGCGCGGCUCCUCGGGGCGUCCAUCGCCACCGGCGACGUGCUCACCUUCCUGGACUGCCACUGCGAGUGCCACGAGGGCUGGCUGGAGCCGCUGCUGCACAGAAUUAAGGAAGAGGAGACGGCGGUGGUGUGUCCCGUCAUCGACGUCAUCGACUGGAACACCUUCCAGUACCUGGGGAACCCUGGGGAGCCCCAGAUCGGGGGGUUCGACUGGAGGCUGGUCUUCACCUGGCACAGCGUUCCGGAGUACGAGCAGAAGAGGCGGAAGUCUCCCACCGAUGUCAUCAGGUCUCCCACCAUGGCCGGAGGUCUGUUCGCGGUCAGCAAGACCUACUUCCAGUACCUGGGCACCUACGACACGGGGAUGGAGGUGUGGGGCGGAGAGAACCUGGAGUUCUCUUUCAGGAUCUGGCAGUGCGGGGGCAGCCUGGAGAUCCACCCCUGCUCCCACGUGGGGCACGUCUUCCCGAAAAAGGCCCCCUACUCCCGCAGCAAGGCCCUGGCCAACAGCGUGCGUGCCGCCGAGGUCUGGAUGGACGGCUACAAGGAGCUGUACUACCAUCGCAACCCCCACGCCCGCCUGGAGGCCUACGGAGACGUGAAGGACCGGCGGAAACUCAGAGAGAAGUUGGGCUGCAAGGACUUCAAGUGGUUCCUGGAGAACGUCUAUCCCGACAUUCAGGUCCCCGAGGACCGGCCUGGGAUGUUUGGGAUGCUAAAGAACAGAGGGAUGGAAAACUACUGCUUCGACUACAACCCGCCAGAUGAGAACAAAGUAGUGGGUCACCGGAUCAUUCUGUACCCGUGCCAUGGCAUGGGACAGAACCAGUUCUUCGAGUACUCCUCGGACCACGAGGUGCGCUUCAACACGCGGCAGCCGGGGGGCUGCGCGGCGGCGGAGCCCGGCUCCGGGUACCUCACCCUGCGCCCGUGCCGGGUGCCCCAGCAGGCCGUGCCGGAGGACCAGAAGUUCGUCCUCAGAGAGGAUGGGUCCUUCUUCAACGCGCAGACGAAGCAGUGCGUAGAGGCGGUGGUGAAGUCUGACAACGGCAGCCCCGCCCCGGCCCUCCGACCCUGCUCCGGCUCCGCCCACCAAAUGUGGUUCUUCGAGGAGCGGUCGUAACCCAGCGGGGUGCGGCUGAACUGUGCGAUGGAGCGUACGGGCGGCCCCGUCCCGCCUCCCAGCAAACCCCUCCCCUUUAAGACUGAUGUUGAAACGGCAGCUCCGAGACCCACGCGCAUCACUGUGUGCUACUGUCCCCGCUCCCGCUGUGUCCUGAGCACCGGACCGCUGCAGCUCUGCAGCUUACCGAAGGGCCCUGCGGAGGGUGUCGGCCUCCGGCCUGUCAGCCUUCAGGCUCGCACUCGUUUUUCACAGACUCAUUCAUCCACGAUUGGACAGUGACUUUUGUAAAGAGGUGCGGUGCAGGGUUUUUCUUUAGGGAUUAAUUACCUGGGUGACAGCGUUGCCCCUGGGUAACUGCAUUGCCCCUGGGUACCUGCAUUGCCCCUGGGUACCUGCAUUGCCCCUGGGUACCUGCAUUGCCCCUGGGUACCUGCAUUGCCCCUGGGUAACACCAUUGCCCCUGUGUAACUGCAUUGCCCCUGGGUAACUGCUAUGCCCCUGGGCACCUGCAUUGGCCCUGGGUAACAAAAUUGCCCCUGUGUAACUUCAUUGCCCCUGGGUACCAGCAUUGCCCCUGUGUAACUGCAUUACCCCUGGGUAACUGCUAUGCCCCUGGGCACCUGCAUUGGCCCUGGGUACCUGCAUUGCCCCUGUGUAACUGCACUGCCCCUGGGUACCUGCAUUGGCCCUGGGUAACAAAAUUGACCCUGUGUAACUUCAUUGCCCCUGGGUAACUGCAUUACCCCUGUGUAACUCCAUUGCCCCUGGGUAACUGCUAUGCCCGUGGGUAACUCCAUUGCCCCUGGGUAACUGCUAUGUCCGUGGGUAACAGCAUUGCCCCUGGGUAACACACCAUGAGCUAUCGUGUUGCAGCUCUGAAUGGAGCUCAUGCUGUCCUUCAGUCACUCAGCUUGCCUGUGGAUACCCUACUUAGCUGCUCCGUGCUUCCAUUUGAAACCGCUUAUUUUUAUGAAGGUCGGUUUUCUCUCUAGCCCUUUCAUUGGUAUUUUUGGCCUGCAGCGGGAAUACUCCAAUCUGGCCCUCAAGGUCAGCAGUGCUGCUGCCUUUCUCUUCUGCCUGAUAGUCCUCAGUCCAGUAAUAUCACUGCUUGGCCACAGAUUACACUCUCCCGGUGUGUUAGGGUCUACCCCUGAUUAGUGGGGAGGACUGAAAACCAGCAGCACUACUGACCCGAGGGCCAGAUUUCAGUAUCCCUGGCCUACAGUGUGAUAUUGGCCUGUGUAGAAGCAUCUAAUCACUGAAUGCAUUUCCUGUGCAUGCCUCUAGGUGGAGCCAAUGUCUCUGGUUUUGCCUGUGCCCUCCAUGUUAAUUUACUGGAUAUAAAUCACAGCUGUUGUUAGGGGUUCUGCUUCAGGUCUGUAUGACCCGACAUCUUCAUGACAUCUCUUGAGUGACCCAGUUUUUUUCCUUUCUUCUUUUUAAUUUUUUACAGAAGUGCUAACUACUAAGUAAACCUGCUUAUUAGUGUACUACUGAACUAUCUUUAAGACUCAACAAACAGAAUGCACUUGGAAGUACACACGUACACCCCAGACCUUGGUACUGAGGAGAAACUUGAGUCUUAAUUAUUGUGAUGUAGUCAGUUAUGAUGCAUGUCAAGAUUUACAUGCAGAUUAUGAAAAUUGUUUUGAUGCUGUGGGAUAAAGUCACAAGUACUUUGCAAUCUGUACAAUGAAGUUAAAUAUUGCUUAAAAUUCUCAGAAGAGAAGUUGGAUGGAAAAUGCACAGAUUUCAGGUUUGGUCAAGGCUAUGUUUCACUGGCAGAAUCUGUUAAUUUUGUUUGACUAAUUAUUGAAUGUUUGCAAUUUGUCUUUUUUGGAGGCUUCAGUGAAAACUAACAUACUUGAUCAACUGCUUGUCCUAAUCAAUAGAUCAAUAAUUUAGAUAACAAUUAGUUAUUGUCUGUUAUUUAGAUUUAUGAGCAUACUUUCCAUGCCGAUCCCAAAUUGCUGUUGUGCUUUACUGCAAUCACACUGAAAAUGAAGUGCCUAAUCUUUAUGGGUGUAGCUACAUAGUCCUUAUGUUUAAUCGCCCCCAUUUAUAUGAAGUUCGCAGUUUUGCAUUGCACAAUACAAUAAAUAAGAACCAUUGAAUAUGCAGAAUAUUGGGCGCAAAAUUAAAUUUCCUGAAGGAAUUGCGUUGCUAACAAUUGAUAUGUCCAUUGAAAUAUUAUAUCUUGCUCGACAACUGUUAGGAUUCCAUGCACCACGUGGACUUGUGUAUCGUUGGGACAUAUUUGCACACUUUUUUAAAAGGCUUUGCUCGUCAUAUGUAAUGCAUCUAGUGUUGCACAUGGGAUUCCCUGUUGGUUCUGCGACCAUAUGUACCUUGUGGAGCUGAGGAGAUUGAAUGACCCGCCUCAUGGUUAUCGCUGAAAAUAAUUCCAUAACCCAGGUGCCCCCCCCCCCCCCAAUUUCCCCUUCUGUCCUCUCCUCUCCCAUGGUCCUUUGCAUCACCACUUCCAGAGCCUCUGCUGACAUGUGAUUGGUUGUAAAUCUGUGUGCACGAUGUGUCUGCGUGGCCCUUAUUGAAUGGUGCUAUUCAGACUGAGCAAGCCACAGUAUCCCGUACAGUGGCAUGAAUACACAUUCUAAUGUAAAGCGGCACUUUGCGCACAACCGCAUUAUGUACCUGGAUCCUGAUUCAAUCUAGCUACAGUGCUUUUUUUGCUUGAAGCGAGGAAUGUAAGCAAGUUUGACCUUUCUCUAUGCAAUGCAAUGUUUUUUUUAAAUUAAAGCUGUGGACUUGAUUGUCCAUCCUUUAGUUGUUUUUAAGGUUGUACUGGCAACCCUAUGCCCAUACAAAUGUAAUGGAUGAUAAAAAACUUGAUGUGUACGCUGGAAUCCAACCCACGGCGGAUUUUGUAUUCGCUUUUAUUUAUAGUUGUUAUUCAAGUUGCCUUAAUCAACAUCAAGAAAAUGAAGGAUUUGGGAUUUUUUUUUCCCCAAAUGAAGAGGUUUAGAGUGUUGCUGAAGAUUUUCACCAUUUCGUGCACCACCGUGUGCACCAUUUUGUAACUCUUGAACAUGGAAAGACUCUCUUCUUCUAAUGUACCUUCUCUCGACAUUUUGAAUUUAACAUGAAUAAAAUUCAAAUCUCAAAUUAAA